UAAUGUGACUGAGACAUUAGAGCGGAGCAGAGGAGAGAGGAAAGCCAGCCCCUCCCCUGCUGUUAACGCCCCUUGGAUCAGAUAGCAGCCAGUUGCAUUUCCCCCCCUCGGAGGUCUGGUCUGCUCUGUAAACUCAGCUGCUCUGUGUGCUGCCGAACUGGCAGAUGGGACUGCUGAUCACUGCCGCUCACUGCUGGAGAGGAAGAAGAUGAGACCGUCCUGCAGCGCAGACUCCUGAUAACAGCGACUCAAGCGCAUCCAGAAUCCACUGUGGACCCUGUCACACUAUAUUCAGGAUCUUGCAGAAAAAAAAAUUGAAACAUGUUGGGGGCCUCGAGAGGAUCCUUCAUCCUAUUUCUGCAUCUGGUUUUACUAUUUCCUGAGGUUAGAGUUAACAAGCUGCGGAAAGGAAAGCUCCUGGACUACCAAACGUCGUGUGUGUGUGCCGGUAACAUCAUCAGCUGCUCUAAAGUGAAUCUGACCGACGUUACCGUCGAUCUUCCUGAAUACACAGCUGUUCUGGAUCUCAGCUUUAACUCCAUCAAAGAACUCCGUGCCGCAUGGACCAUAAAGGAUCUCAAAAGUCUGGAGAAGAUGCUGCUGAACAACAACGGCCUCACCUUCCUCUCCUCUGAGGCGUUUGUGCAUGUGCCACAGCUUCGUUACCUGGACCUGUCCUAUAAUGGCCUUAAGCUCCUGGAUGAGUUCAUUUUUGAGCCGCUAGAACACCUGGAGGUGCUUCUGCUGUUCAAGAACCGCAUAUCUCAAAUCGAUCGCACUGCCUUCUCCACCAUGGGCGCCCUGCAGAAGCUCUACCUGAGCCACAAUCAGAUCUCGCGCCUGCCCUUGGAGGUGCUGAAGGAGCGAAGCAAGCAGGAUUCUUUCAAACUGCUGGAUGUUUCCUCAAACAAAAUCAAAGUCUUGCCAGUGCAGGAGCUCCAGGCCAUGCGUGCCUGGAUCAAGAACAGCGUCUACUUCCACAACAACCCUCUGACGUGCAGCUGCGAGCUGUAUAACCUGGUUGCCAUCUGGCACCUCAGAGGGCUGGGGUCUGCCUCCAACUUUGCAGGCAACCACACGUGUGGUGGAUCGGGUAAGCAAAAUGUAAAAAUACUGGAUCUGAACUGCACUGAGGUCAACGUUCUGAAGAGAGAGGCCUACCUGGAGCAGACCCUGCUUCUGGACUGCGACACCAGACAGAAGUACAUGAGUAAGAGUUGGGUACUGCCAGGAAACAUCACAGAAUUUCCGACAAACCGCUCCGACGUUAAGGAUGGUGGUAAUUACCUCAGCGUCGGGCCCCUGAAGGUGGAGGACUCCGGGGUUUACACCUGCCAUGCUACCAAUGGCUCCUUCAGUGACACGCUCCACAUCAGUCUGGUCGUGUACAACUACACAAAGCGGGGCGGACUGGAUGAUUUAAAAACAGCAUACACCACCCUGGGAGCAUGCGUGAUUAGCGUAGUUUUGAUCCUUGCCUACCUCUACGUCACGCCUCGUUGCUGCGCCUAUUGCUCCAGCGGGACCAUGGAGAAGGACGAGCCCGGGGAGAGCCUCCACUCCUCGACCGUGAGCCUCCCCGUGUCCCACGGAGACCGAGGAGCGGAGGCCGGGCCCUUCGUCUUCAGACACGGGGCCUCGCAGGACAGCAAGGAUCUGCAGGAGCUGAACGGGAGACUAAAUCCAAUAGGGGAGGAAGACGAGGAGUGGCCAAAGGAGAGCAGGAGGAGCUAAAGGUCUGAGGCUCUGCCCAGCGCAGGGAGCAACGAUACACCCAUGGUGACAAAAAAAAAUCUAGAUCAAUGAUCAAUGUGUUGCUGUGUAUUACUGUAACUGAAUGUGUGAAUAAGAUUUCUUUUAAAGUCAACUUUGGGUUAGCGGCUCGGUUUCAGUGAUACACUGCUCUCCAUAUCCAGCGUCCCUGCUGGUAAAGAUGUGCAAAAAUCCCUUAGAAUAACUAAAAUCAUUUCUCAUAAUAUUGCAAGACAGCAAUUUCACUUUGUAAAGUGCCUUGAGAUGACAUGUUUCAUGAAUUGGCGCUAUAUAAAUAAAAUUGAAUUGAAUUGAAUUGAAUUGAAACAAUACCGCACUUUUUUUUUAUUCAAAUUUUGAUUUGAGAACAUUGCAAUGAUGGGAAACAAAUCCCAUGACAACAAAUAGUUGUUCCUUAAGAACACCACCAAUACUAUACUCAUAGGCCUUCAUAACACAUCCUAUAAAAUAAAUGUAAAUGAAGCAUUUUUUAAGCAUUUCUUUACUUUUCAAGUUUAUCUAGGGCCGUUUGAUUACUAAUCCAUGACUUCCUGUUUCCCUGGGACAUUUGAUGGAGCAAAGAGGACACUUUCUUGAAGUCCCUCAUCAAAAUGGGAAAAACGAGAAAACAUGCAAUUCAAACAGGGCAGAGGUGCCUUUAUAAGACAGAAAAUGACAAAAUUUUUACAAUAUUUACAGUUAGAAAAGUAAUGAUAAUGAGUAAACAUCUGAAACCAGUACAGCAAGGAGGACGGUGAAUGAGGGGGGAAAUCCUCCAAAAGUGGUCAAUUAUAGCAAAAGGUGGCAUCGUGUCUCUACAACAACCAUUAGUUGUUGUCUACAUGCUGACCUGUAUGAGUUUUCCUCUAUCCUACCCUCACAAAAUGUAAAAGUGUGAAGUUUGAUCAAUAUCAGCGAGACCUAAACUGGGAGCUUGUGCUGUGCUCAGAUGAGACAACGGUGGAGAUUUGACAGCAAACAUGGCAGGUGGGGCUGGCAUGAACUGAAAGAUGAAAAUGUGGACCUCGUGUCCAGGAUGCUGUGGGCCUACUGCUCAUCAAUAGACCCUGGGAAUCUUGGCAAUGCGCUGUGGACUCAUCAUCACCCUGAAAUACCAGGAGAUGUCCAAAGUCAUAUCUGGUGUCCUAUGCCAGAAAAUUAAAUUUGGUCAUCACUGGGUCUUUCAGCGAGAUAAUGAUGCUGAACAUGUGGCCAAAUCAACCCGGAAACCAUUCACCCGACAUAAAAUCAACCUUUUCCACGCUUCUUCCAGUAGCCAGAAACUAAAUCCAACAGAAAACCCUGUCUGAUGAGCGGUAGAGAAGACAGCAUUAGAGAGGACCCAGGACUCGGUCAAUGAAUCCUCCCUCCUUACAACCUUGUAAAAUGUUACAUGAGAUAUUUCAGUGCUGUUCUAUUGGCAAAGGGGGUUUGAAAAAAAGCAUUUAAGGCAGCAGGGGAGCAAAUGCGUCGAAGCCGAUUCUAAGGCUAAUUACACAUCUUCGUGGAGGACAUGGCUUUGAUUGAAUUAUAUUACUAAUAAAUGCUUAAAAGCUCAUGAAAUCCAAGUCUAUCUCCUAUGCACUUAAGAAAAUUAGUAUUACUGUUUGCAUUUAUAAUUGAGGUUCUUGGAAACGCUUAUGGAACCACAAACCACUGACAGACAAACCACAUAACAGUAAAUGGCAGGAAAUAUUUGGGAGUCAUAGCUCUAAAUGUCCAGAAUAGAAAGG